GCAAUGGCCAGCGUUGACUUUGAAAAUGGCUUCAUCUCAAUCCUCUUAUUAGGCCUCAUCUCAACCUUCUCUCUCUUUUUCUUGUUCUUCAAGAAACCAAAGAAUGUCUUUGAUCUACCUCCAAGCCCUCCUUCUCUUCCCAUCAUUGGUCAUCUACACCUUCUUUUCUCAGUUUCAAUCCACAAAUCUUUUCAAAAAAUCUCAUCCAAGUAUGGACCUUUCCUCCAUCUCCGCAUCUUCAACGUCCCAAUCAUUCUCGUCUCCUCUGCCUCAGUGGCACACGAGAUCUUCAAGAACCAUGACAAGAACGUCUCCUCUCAUGGUGCUAUUGGGAUCGAUGAGUGCCUCGUGUUCGGAACUUCCGGAUUCAUCAAAGCUCCCUACGGAGAUUACUGGAAGUUCAUGAAGAAGCUCGUCAUUGCUAAUAUGCUCGGACUUCAGGCUCUGGAGCGGUCACGAGCCGUUCGUGAAGUUGAGAUGGACCGGUUCUACAGAAACCUGCUUGAUAAGGCGAUGAAGAAAGAGAGCGUGGAGAUCGGUGAGGAAGCGAUGAGACUUGUUACUUGUAUCCUCGGGAAGAUGAGCAUGGGGAGGAGUUUUUCAAGGGAGAGCGAUGAGGCCAAAGUCACUAAACUUAGUCUCGAGUUCGCUUCCUUGACACAGAAGAUUUUCUUGGGACAAUUAUUGCGUAAGCCGCUUGAGAAGCUCGGGAUCUCACCAUUCAAAAGGGAGAUAAUGAAUGUUUCAUACAGAUUUGAUGAGCUCCUGGAAAAGAUGAUUGUGAAAUGCGAAGAAGAAGAGGAGGAGCAUCAAGGUUGUGAAAUUAUGGACGCGUUUUUGGCAGCUUAUCGAGACGAGGAUGCAGAGUGUAACAUCACAAGGAACCACAUCAAGGCUUUAUUAGCGGAGCUUUACUUUGGAGCUGGUGACACUUCUUCAAAAACAGCACAAUGGGUAAUGGCUGAAAUCAUCAACCACCCUAAGAUCUUGGAGAAACUGAGAGAAGAAAUCGAUUCCGUGGUAGGGAAAACAAGGCUGAUCCAAGAAACUGAUCUACCAAAACUCCCUUACUUGCAAGCAGUCAUCAAAGAAUCUCUAAGAUUGCAUCCUCCGGGAGCUCUCUUGCCAAGGGAAUUCGAACAAGAAUGUAAGAUCGGAGGGUUCUACAUACCUAAAGGCACACCACUUGUUAUCAACGCUUACGCUGUGAUGAGAGAUGUUGAUUCUUGGCAAGAUCCUGAUGAGUUUAAACCAGAGAGGUUUCUAGAGAAAGAGGAGGUGGGAAGAGAGAAAAUACUCAACUUCCUCCCUUUUGGUGCUGGAAGGAGAUCAUGUCCUGGAUCAAAUCUUGCUUAUAUCUUAGUAGGAACAGCCAUUGGAGUGAUGUUGCAGUGUUUUGACUGGCAAAUCCAAGGAGAUAAAGUCAACAUGGAGGAAGCUACCGGAAGAGCUUUUCUGGCUUUGGCUCAUCCUCUUCACUGCACUCCUCUUCCUCGAAUCCUAAACCCUUUACCCUCAGAUUUGUAGAUUCUUUAGUUUGUGAAUUCCA